GUAAACAAAAAAAAACGACGAAGAAGAAAAAGGAGGCGCGACUUCGUAGACGCGGGUCAACAGUUAUGCUGAUGUGUCAGUGUUAUUAAAAUAUAAAACUUUAGAGUUCGACAUGUCUUCGUUUGUGACUGAAGUGCUCGCCAGCUCUGGAAAACUAGUGAAGGAGGACUUGGCGAACAAAAUAUGCAAAAUCUCACGGAAGGUGGAAGACACGAAGGAGGAAGUGUGUGACAUGAUGAACAAGAAGUACAAUGAGUUCCACCCAAGCCUCCAAGCAUCUGAGGACCUAAUGCUACAGGUUGAUUCAGUCUCCAGAGAAAUUGAGGCUCUUAAAAACUGCAUCGAGGCAGAGGUGCAGCAGAAUCUCACGGUGGCUGUGAACGAAUACACAAAGCUGAGGCAGCAGCUGGAAAAGAACACGAUUAUCAUCAAAAUGCUCGAAUACCUAAAACAGUUUCACAGUGCAAUGGAGGACUUUAAUAAGGCUUUACAGGAGAAGAAGUAUGUUGAUGCGGCCCAUCAUCUAAAAAGGGCAAAGAGCAGUGUGGACUCACUGACGGACUCACAAACAUCUCAACUGUCGCUCAUUGGUACUCUGAGCUCCGAGCUCACGGUACAGAGAGAAAACUUAAUUUUCCACCUGGGAGAUGAAUGGAAGCGCCAAGUCAUCUGGAAAUUAUCACCCUCAAAGGAUCCGGCAGGUCAAAAGUCCUUCCCGAAGGCAGAGCUGAUGCUGAGUGGUGCUUCCAGUAAGGAUGGUGAACCAAAGCCGCCUGCUCUGCUCUGCUCCGUCCUACAGGCUUUGGCCAUCCAGGGAGACCUUCAGCAAAAGAUCAAACUCUUCAGUCAGGUGCUUUUGAAGAACAUGCUGAAGCCAUUGGUGAUGCACGCGUCGCUGUUAGUGAGGGUAUCAGAGCGGCAGGGCGAGGGGACAGUCCUGGCCUUGCAGUGUUUAGAGGAGAGCCAUGAGGAGCGAUCCACACCUUCACAGGUCUACAAUAAACUGCUCAUGGUCUUCAAGACGCUACACUUACAUCUGUUUGAUGUUUCCAUUGGAGACAAGAAGCUUGCAGCUAUACUGGGGGAGUUGAUUUGGGAGGAGAUCUCGCAGUGCAUCAUCCACGAGUGCCUUGUGUACUCUAUCCCCACCAACAGCAGCGAACUGGAAAAAUACAACGCUGUCAUUAAGGAAACGGAGGAGUUUGAAAAGGCUCUGAAACAGAUGGAGUAUCUGCAGCAUGAUUCAACAGAUCUGCUCAAAUAUGCCAGAGAUGUCAAUUGUCAUUUCGCCAGCAAAAAGUGCAGGGAUGUUAUUGUGGCAGCACGCAAGCUGAUGACAUCAAAGAUGCACAACACUGUUAAGAUCACACCAGAUUCAAAGCCGUGUCUCCCCAAGCUGCCUGCUCCCAUGCCAGAGGUGAAGCAGGAGGACGUGAAGCCAGAGGUGACGAUGGAGAACUCAAAGCAACUGUCUGUGUGGAGGCUGCCCGCCUGCCGCAUCAGCGAGUCGGUGCAGCAGCUAAUGGAGUUAGCGAUCAACACCCUGGUUGAAGCUGUUGGAAGCUCCACUCAGACCGCCUUUCAGCUCUUCUUCACAGUGAGAAACAUAUUCCAGCUGUUUUAUGAUGUUGUUCCCACAUACCAUAAGGAGAAUUUGCUGAAGUUUCCUCACUUAGCUGCCAUCCAGCACAACAACUGCAUGUACCUGGCACACCACCUGCUCACCUUGGGUCACCACUUCAGAGCCCACCUGCCGAAGCCCCUCAGCGAAGGCGUUGCAACUUUUGUGGAUAUGGUGCCUGGAUUCAGGAAACUGGGUGCUCAGUGCUUCUUAGCUCAGGUUAAUGUUCAGAGAGCCGAACUGCUGGAGAGGCUGUCCACUGCUCACAACUUCCGCAACCUGGACGAUGAAGACAACUACAUUGCUGCCAGCAAAGCAGUACGACAGGUUAUUCAUCAGCUGAAACAGCUGGGGACAGUAUGGCAGGACGUCCUACCUGUUACCAUCUAUUGUAAAACCAUGGGUAACCUCCUCAACACGGCCAUCUCUGAAAUAAUUACCAAAAUCAUGAUGCUGGAGGAUAUUUCCUCUGAUGAAGGGGAGCACCUCCACACUUUGUGCCAAACGGUCAUUGAGGAAGGCCCGCUCGUCUUCAUCCCUCUGGUUGAAGAAACCAAGAAUAAGAAAUACCAGGAGGAAGUGCCCCUUUACGUGAAAAAGUGGAACACUUUCAAGGAGCUUGUCAUCGUGCUGCGGGCCAAUCUGCAAGAGAUUGUCGACAGGUGGGCUGAUGGUAAGGGUCCGCUGGUGAUGGAGUUCUCCAGUUCGGAGGUGAAAAGUCUGAUCAGAGCUUUGUUCCAGAACACGGAGAGAAGAGCUGCUGCUUUGACCAAAAUCAAAUAAAUUCUUUGACAAAAAGACAGAAAUGAAGGGAAUUUCUUUCCUUAAGGGGAAAGAAGGAUAAUGCCUUUAACUGCUUUCACUUUGUGUUGCAUGUUGGAUGAACAGUUUGUCACAGACGCAUCGUUGAUGUUUCAUUAGUCUGUUAGAUCAGCACAUGAACAUCAGGCAUAAAGGGUUUACACUCCAAAUACACCAUCUGCUAACAAGCUUAACGUGUGAUGAAGCUUUGGCAGUUAAAAAGCCUGAACUUCAAUAUAUUUUUACCUUUUUUCUGUGCUGAUUGACAAGAAUUUAUAUGUUUGAAAGCUAAUGUUAAAUGGCUUUAAAUACUAAAAAAAAAACUGUAAAAUACCUGCAACUGAACACUUAAUGUAUUUACUGUUUCUUUGAAUAAAGCAAAAUGCUCAAAUGUUA